UUAUAAAUAACUCCGCUAAAUUAGCUCAUAUAGAGGGGGGGAAAUCAGAGACCAAAGAUCAUGGCCACCUCCAGCGACGACAACAGGAUAAUUUAUGCUGAAGAUGAGUCUUAUCAGCCCAUAUUGCAUGCCAAGAGAUCAUUCUCCGCGGAGGCAGUGAGUUCUGAACUUGAAGAUAUAUUAUGUAACAUGGAAUUAUCCCGCUCUCAUCGAAUCCUAAGAGCCACCUGGGUUGAACUGAAAAUCCUCUUUCCUCUAGCAGCGCCAGCAAUCGUGGUUUACUUGCUCAAUUUUUUUGUUUCCAUAUCCACUCAAAUGUUUUGUGGUCAUCUUGGCAAUCUUGAACUUGCUGGUGUCUCUCUUGGCAAUAAUGGCAUCCAAGGUCUUGUCUUUGGAGUUAUGUUGGGAAUGGGAAGUGCAGUGGAGACACUAUGUGGGCAAGCGUAUGGAGCAAACAAGUUUGAAAUGCUAGGCGUAUAUAUGCAAAGAUCGACGAUUCUCCUCACUUUAGCUGGGCUUGUACUUAUGUUUAUCUACAUCUUUUGCAAGCCUAUCUUACUUGGACUACACGAAUCGCCUGCCAUUUCAUCUGCAGCUGCAAUUUUUGUCUACGGUCUAAUCCCUCAAAUCUUUGCUUACGCUUGCAAUUUCCCCAUACAAAAAUUCUUGCAAGCUCAAAGUGUGAUUUUCCCUAGUACAUGCAUAUCAGCUGCUGUUCUUGUGCUUCAUCUAAUACUAUGUUGGGUUGUAAUUUUCAAGCUUGGAGGGGGUUUGUUGGGUGCGGGACUGGUAACGAGUUUUUCAUGGUGGGUUAUAGUGGUAGCCCAGUUUGUGUACAUUCUAGUAAGCAAGAAGUUCAAGCACACAUGGAGGGGAUUUAGUAUACUGGCCUUCUCUGGGUUAUGGGAUUUCUUCAAGCUGUCCCUUGCAUCAGGUGUGAUGCUAUGCCUUGAGUUUUGGUACUACCAGGUAUUAACAUUGAUUGCAGGGUUGCUAAAAAAUGCUGAAGUUUCCUUGGACGCCCUGUCCAUCUGCAUGACUAUAAAUGGAUGGUGUUUUAUGGUCUCUGUUGGUUUCCAAGCGGCUGCAAGCGUGAGAGUAAGCAACGAGUUGGGUGCUGGACAUCCCAGAGCAACAUCGUUUUCUGUUAUAGUAGUAAAUUUAUGCUCACUGCUCAUCUCUGUGAUCUUGGCUGUUAUUGUGCUCUUACUGCGGCAUGUCAUAAGCUAUGCCUUCACUAGCGGUACAGUGGUUUCCGAUGCUGUUUCAGAGCUAUCUCCUUUCCUCGCAGCCUCCAUCGUGCUAGGAGGAGUCCAACCUGUUUUAUCUGGAGUGGCUGUUGGGUGCGGAUGGCAAGCAUUUGUUGCUUAUGUCAAUCUUGCAUGUUACUACAUCAUUGGCGUCCCGUUGGGUUGCGUUCUUGGCUUUGCAUGCGACAUGGGAGCAAAGGGAAUAUGGACCGGAAUGUUAGGUGGCACAGCUGUGCAGACUUUAGUCUUGUUAUGGGCUACAUUUCGAACAAACUGGGACAAAGAGGUGGAGAAAGCUCAGAGUCGUUUGGAUACAUGGGAUGACGUUAAGGAACCACUUUUAAAAGAGUAAAAAUGACAUUGCUGUCAGUGUGGUGAAAGGUGAAAAUUUUGUUUGUUGUUGAGUAACCACUUUUAAUAAACAAAUUUAAGGAACAAGAGGUUUACUCUUUUAAGUA